UGUUUCAUGUGUCUUGCAGAUGGCUUGAUGCCCCACCCUGAAUAUCACACCCUAAAGCUCUCAGUGUUGAGUUACACUCUGGAUUUCACUAAAGUCUGUAAAGGACCUGAACAUAUUGUAUUUAUCAUCUCCUGCUAACUUUACCUGCAUUGUAGUUAUCAYAUAUAGUUUUCCUUGCUUGUUUUGAUCACUUUGCAGAGGAAACAACAUUAGUCUUAAGUUCAGACGUACAUUUAACUAUAAAUCUUAAGCCACAAGAAGAUACUGUGGCAGAAUUCCACCUCUAAAAGUCAAAAAUACAGUUUGAAAUGUUCAUGCGCCGUUUGGAUUUGCGGCAUAACGAUUCGUUAAGGAUCAGUUCAAGUCUCAACAUGUCUGUUUUUAAUAUUUAGGAAGGUGAGCUCCAGCUUUUCCAGCCAUGAAUGUUUUGUCUCUGAGAAGUCCGACUCGAGGAAUCCCUGCGCCCUGGGAUGAGACCGUGAACCGUGAAUGUGACACGGCAGAGGAAGAAGUGGACGGUGUCAGAGUCCCGGUUCUUCUCCGAGGAGGCGGGGGUCCAUCUCACACCGCCGACUCCCCUCCACAACACUGGGACUCAACAGUCGCAUCACUGGUCCAGUCGAGCGUCGUUCCCCAGUGCAGCGCUGCAGUGGGCGACGUCUACGUCCUGACAGGAGCAGGAAGGCUCGGGGCGGACGAAGAUGGMCACGAGGAGUGUCAGAUGAAGCUGCUGUGGUCUGCAGUCUGCUGCUCUCCUCCAGAGGGGAAGGCUGGCUUCAGCGUGGGUUUCAUCAAAGAGACAGGAGGAGGCGAGAGGCGAGUGAGCAUGAAGGAGCUGGAGGAGGUGCUGGGAGUGGCUGAGCUGUUCUCUGGAGGCUGUGGGGGAGAGGAAAAAGAGACAGCUGCAAUUAGUGAGAGUCUUCACAGCGAUGAGCUUCCUGCGAGUGUUGUAAACACAGAGGCCGAAAACACUGAUUCAGAUGUAGAGGAAGAUUCAAAGCAGAGCAGAGAAACAUCAACAACAUCCCAACAGGUGGCUGAUGCUCAUUCAGAGACAACAGAUGUUUCUGACAUUACAGAAGAAACGGCAGCAGAAACAGAGACUUCUGUGAGCAGCAGUGAGCAGCAACAUGAGGUCCACGAAGCAGUCGAUGAGGAAGACUCUGACUCAAACUCCACGAGCACUUUGGUCUUCAUCCUGUCCACCACCCUGUCCAUCAUCACAGCUCCUCUGCGCCCUGUGGUUUCUACCAUCACGGAGUUACCUGGACAGGUGACCUAUGUUCUUCAGGAGGAUCUUGGAGUUCUUACCACCCUGCCUGGAGACACCUACACCGUGUUCCACCUCCUCACCUCUGACUUCCUCUCCUGGAUGGGCUCAGCCACUGAAAUGCUGAUGGGUGUCGGGGAGACAUGCUUCUCCAGUGCUUACUACUGCAGCUCCUCGAUGCUGGAGGCGCUGUGGAGCAGCUGCUACACUGGGCUCACAGGGGUGGGCACCCUGGCUGGGGACACGGUGGGGAUAUGUUKGGAUGUACUGGAUAAUGCCUGGUCGGUGACUAGGUACUUUGGAGGAGAGCUUUGGGAGCAGACUGAGGGUUAUGUGGGAACGGUGAUGUCAGAGUUGGGGGGUCAAGCUCAAACUGUAGGUGGAGGGUUGGGUAAGCUGGUGUGGAGAAGCAGUAACGGUGUGGGGAACGUGUUCAAGCUGGGAGGGGGCUUAAUAAUGGGCAUGGUGGAUGUGGUCGUUGGUGGAGUAAAAGAGRCCUUUGGUCAGGAGUCAGAAUGAAGGAUUAAAAGUGGAAAAUAAAGCCAUAAAAAACUUUCUUUAGCUAAUUUUGGUUUGUAAAUUUCAUCAACACAAGGUUAAUAAAAAAUAUCUGAACAUGAUGUCAUUUGCUAUGCCUUAGAAGGGUUUAUAGAUAUUUUUAAGCAAAUAUAAUAAAUUUCAAAYGUCGUUUACACUGUGGGUUGACUGGAAAACUGUCUGCUUAAAUAAUCCUGCUGUACCCAAAAGUUCUGGUUUAUGGAAAACCACUUUUGGAUUUAGCUUCUGAAUGCAACGUGUGUGUGUUUGCAUCACCUGUAYACUUGAAUAAAAUAAAAUAAAAUGCUGGCUCACGACUGUAA